CUUUAUUUCUUUCUACUGGUAUUUCCUUUCCUUAUUAAUUUAAAAUGGUUAUAAGUUAAACCAAAAUUAAGUUACACGAUUUUCUUUUCAUGAGUAUUAUUUUAGGUCCCAUUUCCUUUUUACUUGAACUCAAAUUUAGUUCUCAAGGUCAUUCAAAAAUAAAUUGUCUGUCACACUCACAAUUAUUAAUUAAUUGUUAAGAGAAACGUUAUAUUUUUACCGUGGAAAACAAUAGGUUAUUUUGUUCAAUUUUCAUCCUACCCUAAGUUUAAUGUUUCUUUGAGUUUAAUGUUCAAAGGUAGCAUAUUUUUGUUAAAGCUUAAGUUAACUUAUAUGGCCAAAUUAGCCCCAACUGAAUACAAUGAAGUUAAAUAUUCCACAUUGAUACUGCAAAUUCAAUUGAUAAGAAAAAAGGUGCUAGGCCUAACUUACCCUAUAAGGAAAUAUAAGGCCUUCCAGCAAAGUUUGCCACAGGACAUGUUUAAAUUUUAUCAUUUAGAUCCUUAUAAUGGAAUGUAAGGCAGAACCGGGCUGUUUUGACAACUUUUGUAGGAUAUGCAGCUGCCAAAAUGAAAAAGGGAAACUUACCUACAUUUUUGAAAAUGAUUAUUUGUUGGAGAAAAUCACUUCAUUUCUACCUAUAACUAUCCACCAAAACGAUGAAUUGCCUCAUCAUGUAUGUGGGAAAUGCCUAAAUGGAAUUGAAAGCUGUUUUGAUCUCAUUAAAAGAGCCCAGUCUUCUGAAAAGUUCUUUUUCAAUCGUCUGAAGAAUGCAGUAGAUGUAAAAAUAAAGACCGAAGAAGGGAUUGAAGAGUAUCCUACAGAAAAUAAUGGAUCUCGAAGCAUAGAGCUGGACGGGACUUUCAGUUGCGACCUGUGUGACGCUAGGCUGCCAGAUGCGGAGGAACUGGAUAAACACAUACAAAACAACCACAUUAAUGCUCAAGCGCCUCCAAACACAGAGUUUACCAUUCGCAAGAUCUGCUCCUUGUGUGGUGAGCUGUUUGAGUCGGAUGAGAUAUACAUGCUACAUAAGUGUGAGAGUACGCCUAGCUGUCCUCAAUGCAACAAGACCAUGUCUACCAAGUGUCUGCUCAACCGUCACAUCAAUAACUUUUGCAAACAACUCUUCUUCUGUCCCCACUGCUAUAAGAAAUUCACGUCGAAACUUCCAUUCAUGAAGCAUAUGCAGGCUCACUCCGGAUUGAAAAUAGAAAAUGAUUGUUUGGCUUGUGAGCAGAAGGUCCACGGAAAUGGGGAAGCCACAGAGCACACUUGUGACAAAGGAUUUAGUAACAGCUCGGCUGGGAAAAGGUAUAAGUGCUACAUAUGUGGACAAGCUUACAAGCGCCAGAUAAACUUGGCCAAGCAUUGUCAACAACACCAGCCAAAGACAGACUGGACCUUCAAAUGCUCCAAGUGUAAUGAUGUUUUUGAAAAAGAAAAAUCUCUCCAUGCUCACUAUGAAAAGGUUCACAAAAUGUCGAAAACAUGGAUCUGUCGGUAUUGCGGAAAGUCUAUGUCCACCAAACUGAGUGUUCAGAUUCACGAGAGGAUCCACACCAAUGUGAAGCCUUAUGUUUGUGAAUGGUGCGGAAAUGCCUUUAGGUCGAAAGCAAAUCUUAUUCAACAUCAUGCUAAGCAUACUGGGGUUCGCAAACACACGUGUCCUGUUUGUGGCAAGAUGUUUUCUCGUACGUUUUUCCUUAAGACACAUAUGAGAACGCACACGGGCGAGAGGCCGUAUCAGUGCGAUGUGUGCGAACAGAGAUUCACGCAAGUGGGAGAUAUGCGGAGGCAUCGGAGGAGGCACGAGGCGCAGUCACAGGCGCGACAACCACCGCCACAACCAGCGCAGGUGCAACCCACGGUCAUCAUUGUUAGGAGAGGCUCACCUGGGGAUAGAAUCUUCCUAUAGUCACAUACAGUGCCACCGUCACAGACAAUGCAGACAACAAAUGUACGAGAAGUGUGAAUGUGUUUUAUCAGAGCUGGAGGCUGAAUCCACUGUGCGUCAACUGAAAGGGUGUUCAGGGGUUUUAGGAGAAAAGUAGUUCACUUUUAGCUUAAGUGGAUGAUUCUCAGAAAGUCAAUAGGAAACUACAUAAUCUGAAAUUUAAACACAUUUAAUGACUUUUAAUUUUUAAAUUUAAAAAUAAAACUAAUGAAUAACACUGUGUGUUUUAAUACUUUAACGUUUUUACUGUAAUGUAGUGUUUGGGUCAUUUUAAUAUGUUUUUAUUUUUUAUAUUUACCUGAUUUUAAUGUUUCAAAAAGAGUUUUAUGAAUGCGAAGAUGCUUUGUAGUUUUAUAGUUGCUUAUGCGAGAUAUUCCUCCUGAAAUUACUUGAUUGUAUUACAUAUAUUUAUUUCAUUCUGGAUAGUAUACUGGAUGAAUACUUCUUAU